AUGGCUUCAGGAAGUCCAGAUGAUUCCGGUCGGCUAGCUGCCCUUCCCUGGACACCGGGUGACGUGUCCGAGAAUGCAACCGAAGCCCUCCAGGCAUUGGACACUUACAAGAAGAAGGAUCCAUCCAAAGUCGUGGUUCGCUUCAAGGCAGUCGGUAACGCACCGAUCAUGAGGCAGAACUUCUAUAAGAUUACUGCCUCCAACCGUUUCCAGGCAGUCAUACAGUUUUUGAGGAAGGAGCUGGCAUGGAAAGCUGGAGAUCCACUGUUCACAUAUAUCAAUCUCGCAUUCUCUCCCGCUCCUGAUGACACCGUGUCGAAUUUGUACAAGUCGUUCGCUACAGAAGGACAUCUGAUAGUCAACUAUAGCACGACGGCGGCAUGGGGGUAA